CAUGGAGCCAACACAGAGGGGGUCAAUGAGUCAAUGAUUCAGAAACAAGAUAUAAAAGCUGCGCAACAUUUACAUCUUUUGGAGGUUCAACUAUCCCUCAAGAUCGCUUCAUAUUUAUCAUCGCCACCAGGAUUGGAAAAUACUUCUCACUUAUCUCCCUCUAUAACGGGCUUUUGAGACACUUAUCGAGGGCCACCGACUAAUCAACCAACCAUGGCACCCGACUAUCCCAAGCGUAAGCUCGGCGACGACCUAGUCUCGGCUCAAGGUCUGGGCUGUAUGGGCAUGUCCUUCGCCUACACCUCCUUCGGCGGCCAGGACGACGAGGAGUCACUGCGCGUGCUGACACGGGCGGCCGACAUUGGUGUCACGUUCUGGGACACUUCCGACGUGUACGGUCCUUUCAAGAACGAGGAGCUGCUCGGGCGCUGGUUCAAAGAGACAGGCCGCCGCGAUGAGAUCUUCUUGGCGACUAAGUUUGCAAACAAGUUCGUCGAUGGCAAGAUGGUCGUCGAUGGCUCGCCUGAGUACGUCAAAGAGGCGUGCGCUGCCAGCUUGAAGCGCCUGGGGACGGACCGCAUCGAUCUGUACUACCAACACCGCAUCGACCCCAACACGCCAGUCGAGAAGACCGUGCAGGCCAUGGCAGAGCUCAAGGCCGAGGGCAAGAUCCGCUACCUGGGGCUGUCGGAGUGCUCGUCGCGUACCCUCGAGCGGGCCUACAAGGUGCACCCAAUCGCGGCGGUGCAGAUGGAGUACUCGCCCUUCGCGCUGGAGAUUGAGUCGGAGCAGACCAACCUCCUCAAGACAGCCAGGGCGCACGGCGUCAAGCUGAUCGCCUACUCACCGCUCGGCCGUGGGUUCCUGACAGGGUCAAUCCGGAGCCCUGCGGACCUUGACGAGAAGGACGGGCGCAGGGCCCACCCUCGGUUCAACCAGGAGAACUUUCCUGGAAAUCUGAAGCUGGUCGAAACAUUGGCUGCCAUUGCCAAAGAGAAAGGGUGCACGCCGGGCCAGCUAUCGAUUGCCUGGGUGAUGGCGCAAGGAGAGGAUGUCAUCCCGAUUCCAGGCACAAAGAGGGUCAAGUAUCUCGAGGAGAACGCGAACGCCGUCAAUGUCCAGCUAUCAAAGGAGGACGAGGCCAAGAUUCGCAAGGCUAUUGAGAGCGUAGGCGGAUCUAAGGGAGCACGCUACCCGGAAGCAAUGAUGGAUAGGUGCUUUGGCGAUAGCGUGGAGCUAGAGGAGUGAGGAAUGGUGACAGUCUGUGUGCAGGACUUGGGCUGACUCAUACCGGAAAACAAGGACAAGCAACACCGUUCCACAGGGUUGUUGUAGCCAAUACAUUAGAAGGUAUCGAUAUUCUGUCAGCCGCCAUGCUCAAUAAUCUCAAGAUCGCGAACAUAUAGCCCUUGGAGCUGUGGUGACGAGGGCCCCGAAAGACGAGGCCUCUCCUUGAAGGGCUAGGCUGGGCCAAAGACUUGUGUUUCCCCCUCCAAGCUCCAAAAAUCUCAGAGUGCUGCUCAU